CCCUCCCUCACCCAACCCAAAUCUCACCUCUCUUUCUCAGCUCAAAGCUCUUCUCUAUGGCUACGCAGCUCUACAGACGCAGCCAACUCAUAUAACCUCAAUUUAAAGCACAAUGGGGCCAAAUCAUUUCCUCUUCUCUCAUUAACCACAUUAGCAGACACUAAUGGGAUGAAAUUGUCUGCGCUUUAUGUGAAAUCCAAGUUUGGUGCAGUUACAUGCAGUGAUUCACAUUGCAAUGUGUUCUUAGAAACUCAAGGCAUCUCAGUCACUUGAUGCUCUGCGCCUUGAAACAUGCAUCCUUCAUGAAAGUCCAUUUCUACAUUCCCUCCCUCUCCCUCCCGCAUGCAUCCACUACAGAAAACAGUUUCUGAUUUCUUUCUCAUUUCUCUUUCUUACAUUUAUUCAAUCUCAGCUCCUCUGCGAGAGAGACCACCCUUCCCUUUAGAUAAGUGGGGCAGUUGUGUGUGUAUAUGUGUUGGCAGCAAGCCAGAACAAACAGGGAGGGGUGGCCUCCAACACCGAGUGAAGACGUGCAACGCGUGCAGCCUAGUUAGCUCCACAGAGCACCGUGUGUAUAAACUCUUAAAACCUUUGGUAAUAAACUAUAAACUGAAAGCGUUAAGCUUUAGGAAAUACUUCUUUCACCAUUAACCAAUACAGAAUAUUUGCUUGAUAUAGUUAAGACACGUGUCAUGCAUCUUAAAUUCCGAGUGCUGCACACUUCGUUUCUUGCACAUAUACAGGACUGUCGGUAUUGUUCUGGAAAUGUAAUUCACCCUGCUGAGUACAUGCACAUAUUCACAUCACUUCCUCUUGUGUCAUCUUAUCUGUUAAUCUGAUGACAGUGUGUUUUCUUUGGAGAGAGAAUUGUUUAAAUGUGUAUGCUGCAGCUUUUUGCAUCAAUGACAAAUUUAUUUGAAUUCAUAGACCUCUGAACCGUACACCUCAAACGUGUUUCGGCAGGAUUUCUACUCACAUUCAAACUAGGUUACUUAGUCUGACUGAAAAAAAGAAAGUCAGGCAGAUCAGGCAACACUAACUCACAACUUACUUUUAAGACUUUGUUUUUAAGAGAAAGUGACCACCUCGACCUUUUUCCUUCUGGAUCCUCCAUGGGCAUCAGAGGAGAGGAGGAGCUCCUGUGCUGCUGACUGAGAUCACAGCGAUAUGUUUCUGAGUUUGUGUGUCUGGCACUUAUUAUACCUUCCCCAAAAGAUUGAGUAAUGUAUGAACUUCAUAUUUUGGAAGUCUGGAAGAAUACUACUGCAGUGUUUCCUGUGCUAUUUUCUGACUGUGGUCAUUCAGAGUAUUAAAUACUGAUUAUACACUGAUGCACCUAUUGCUGCAAUAUUGACACUUACUUGUACCUUAUUGGAAUUUAAUCUUUUCUUAGUUAGUUUUUUAUUCUUAGUUCUGGUUAUUUGAACUGUUAUUUCAUAAAUAAAUCACCAUAAAUAAAAUCCUCUGCAAUGGCAGUAUAAUAAAUAUUACUUUUGUAUGACUUGUAAUAUCCAGUUUGCUUGUCUAAACUUUUGUAGUGCACUGGCAUAAGUAUACUAGUGCACACUACUGCUUAUUACAAACUCAUGUGACAGAACGUCUGAAACAGGACAAAGCCUAGGAUCAGAUAGCAAUCAAUCCCCAAAGGGAUCCCCGACAACAGAUCGGCAGCUAAGUCAGAAUGCCUUUUGCCUUUUGUUACUGUCUGGACAACUCACAGAUGUCUGAGGAUUAUAGACACACGGGAUAGAUGAUCCUGCAGCCUGUGUUGAUCCAAAGGACUAGGGAGGUCAGAUUUAUCUAAAAAGUUAAAAGGCUCUUAUCCGUGAUUGUACAUCGGAAUUCAUGAAACUUAAGUGGCAUGAAUGCAAAAUGAUUCAAUUGUUCCAGCACUCUCAUCAGGCAAGGACACUCUGCUGAUGACUCGAGUCAAAAUGUAUAUAUUUGUUCUAGCUGCACUUCUAGCAGCUGUAGGUGCAGAACCUUUAGAUGUGCAAGGAACAAAGUAAGACUGUAUAAUACACUUCAUAACCACCCACAAUAGCAAAUGCUUCCAGUAUCCCUCCAAUAUUAGCUGAUAUGACAACCAUGCAAAGGUUGUUAUGACAACGUUACAAGAUAGCUCGCCUGCUUCCCUAUGGCUUUACUUCUGACUACAUUUAUAACAUCACGUCAGACCACAGCUAGCAUUGUCGCCCCAAGUCCUUUGUGAUGGACAGUUCAAGAUAUUUAGAAUAUUACAACUGAAAUCAGUAACUUCAUUAUUAAAAUGUGUGAGACAACAUCUGUUCAGUAGUCCUCUACAGUGCAUCCUCUUAAGUUAGACAUUAUUCUGCAGCCUCAGUAUAGCAACCUCAGAUCAACCAUUUUAUGUGUGCAUGCAUGCUUCAGUUCAGUCCAACAUAUUUUACCAUCUCAGUGAAAAUACACAAAACAAGACAAGGUGGAAGAUAUGACACUACUGAAUAGGGAUGUAAGAAAAUAUCGAUACAACGAAAUAUCGCGAUAUUUCGUGCAAUGAUACUGAAUCAAUAUUCAAAAUCAGUGUUAUCGAUUUUUUUUUUAAUGAAAAAUUACAUGCAUUUACUGUUUUUACUUUUGUAUGUUGCAAUUCAAACUCCGGCCACUGGUUUGCAGUUUUUACCGCCUUUACUUUGACGUAAAAACAAGGUCUCGCGAUAACUGUAGAAGCGUCUAGUUUGCCAAAACCAACGAAGUAGAACAGUGGAUGUGUGGCCAAUUGUGCUAGCUAACUGAUGACUGAAGAGGAGAGGAUACAGCCGGCUCCCGCAGCUUUCAAAGCUGAUGUGUGGACUUAUUUUGGAUUUAGGACAAAAGAAGGCGGUAAAGACUAUGACAAGAGCUAUGCAGUCUGUAAAAUCUGCACCGCCAGAGUCAAAUAUUCCGGUAACACAGCAAAUUUAAGAACACGCGUGUCUAGACACCAUAGCAACGUAGCAUCAAAUGCUAAUUUUAAAACGAAACGAGGUGACCCCGCUCAACGGACAAUUGAAGAAGUUAACUUUUCGAAACUACCAGCAUCUUCAACUCGUGCAACAAAAAUAACGCAGUCAGUACUUGUUUUUAUUUGCAAAGACAUGCGCCCUCUGAGUGUUGUGGAGAAUAAAGGAUUUCGUAAUGUGAUUAAAACGCUGGAGCCCCGUUACACCGUUCCUUCCCGACAACACAUCACGGACAUCGCUCUGCCAAAGUUGUACCAAGAAGUCAAAGCGACAGUGCUGGACUCCCUCAGCUCGGCAGAGACCGUUGCUUUGACAUGCGACGCUUGGACUUCGAGAGCCACUGAAUCGUACGUAACUGUUACAGCACAUCACAUAACGGACCAGUGGAACCUUCAGUCUCAUGUACUACAAACACGAGCCAUGCAUGACAGUCACACAGGUGAGCACAUUGCAGCGUUACUAACUGACACUGUGGCUGAAUGGGGAUUGAACACAAAGGACCUUGUUGUUGUUACCGAUAAUACACCAAACAUGGCUCUCGCAGCUAGACUUGCAGGCAUGACGCACAUACAAUGUUUUGCACACAGUCUGAAUCUCGCCUCACAGAAAGCACUGAAAAUACAAUCCGUGGUGCGACUUCUCGGGAGGAUCCGACGUGUAACAGCCUUUUUCAGGCGCAGCACCACAGCCAGCAACCAGUUGAAGCAGAAACAGUGCCUCCUUCAGCUACCAGCUCACAGAUUGAUCACGGACAUAACAAGGUGGAACAGCUCCUAUGAUAUGAUAGAACGAUUUUUAGAACAGCAACCAGCCAUCUGUGCAGCUCUGCUUUCUGCAGAAGUUAGGAAGAGUGAAAAAGAAAUUUUCACAUUAAGUAAGUCUGACAUCACAUGUGUAGAAGAAGUUGUCAGGGCACUCAAGCCUAUGAAGGACGCCACCCUGGUGAUGUCAGAGGAGAGUAUGCCAACCCUGUCCAUCAUUGCUCCUCUUCAUGCCAAGCUUGUGAUGGGUGCACAAGAAAGUGUUGAUGAUGCACCGACAGUAAGGGACAUUAAAACUGCCAUAGCAGAAGAUCUGGGAAAGAGAUAUGUAAAUGAGAGGGAGACACUAUGGAUGGCAUCAACAGUUGAUCCUUGGUUUAAGGACCUGCCCUUCCUGUCUGAAGCAGAGACCAGUGAGACCUAUUCCAGACUGUUGGACACUGUGGUGACUGUGAUAAAGAAGGAAAAAAAUCAGCAAGAGAAUAAGGAGACUGACAAACAGGUGGAGGAAAGAAUGUCACAGAGGAGGCUCAUCACCCACAUAUCAAAGACAGCUUUGACUCCAUCCCUCGGCCACCCCUAAAGAGACAGAGGACCUCAUGUGCAUUCCUCAUGUGCGUAGCUCGGAGCUACGCUUGCCUCUACUAGUGACAAUACUGCACCAAAAUCAGAACAUGAUGUUGCCGCAGCUGAGAUCAAGAGGUAUAGAGAUGAGACCCCUUUGCCUCUCACAGGAAAUCCUCUCAGUUGGUGGAAGGACCAUGAACAGGAAUACCCUCACCUAUCCAAAGUAGCAAAGAGUUUCCUAUGCAUUCCUGGAACAAGUGUCUCUGCAGAGAGAGUUUUCUCCUCUGCAGGAGACAUAGUAAAUGCACAGAGAAGUGUCCUGAGAGCUGACCAUGUCGAUCAGCUUGUAUUCCUGCACAAAAAUCUGGAAAUUGAACAAUAACCACUGAGAAAACACUAAACAUGUAAAAUCUCUGAUAUGAGAAUGUUUGACAUUUUGGUUGAGUCUCAUAAGCACUUUUAUUUAGAUGAGUAAAUUCCUUUUUUCAGGUUGUACUAAAAGUGUUCCAUUGAUGGACACUGCAGAGCUGUACUUUAUUUUAAUAGCACUUUACAUUGUUUGUUAAUGUUUACUUGGAUGGAUUCUUCAAGCAAUUUCAUUUUUGAUUUAUAUAUUUGUUUAUGUUAAGGUCACAUAAAAAGUGCUUUGUUUUGAUGCUCCAUAGAGCAGUUUUUGGAUAAGUAUUUUACAAUCAUAGUACUUAGAAAGACUUCAGUGUUACAUGUUUACUUUUUUCAUGUUAAAAAAAAUACUUGAUAUUUCAGUAAAGUAGUUUUUGUUUGUUUAUUUGACAUGACUUCUAAUAAGGCAGAUGUUAAUUUCUCCAUUCAUUUUGAACUUAGAGAGAGUGUUUUUGUUUCAGAUGUUUCAUGUCAAGCAUUUAACAGUUUGGACUGUUUACUGUGGGUUUUCCAAACUAAAUUCAGUCCUACUAAACACAAAUAUCGUCUGGCUUUUAGUAUCGCAAUGUAUCGUAUCGUCUACCCUGUAUUAUGAUACAUAUUGUAUCGCCAGAUUCUUGCCAAUACACACCCCUACUACUGAAAGUAAAAUCCUUAAAACACAGACUGGAUUCUGUCUCAAACUUCAUAUCUAUUUAGAUUUACAGACACUAUCUCUACUUUUAAGAUUAAGCUUAAAACAGUCCUUUUUGCUAAA